AUGAAUUUUAAGUUACUUUUCACUGUUGUGACCUUUGCAGCACUUGCUAGCCUCGUCCAAGGACUCAAAGUGUUUGUCGCGUACAAGAGAAGCAUCACUGCAAUGCAAGCAAUGCAAGUGUGUAAGCAGCAGGGCGGACACCUAGCAUCGAUCGAGUCCGCUGCCGAGCAUGAUCAAGUAAUAGCUGCCAUUACUGCAACUGGAUACCCGAUGGAUACCCCGAAAUACUGGCUGAUCGGAGGAUCCGACCGUGGCAUUGAGGGACAGUGGUUUUGGUUGGGCACCAACAAGGAGAUGAAGUACAAAAACUUCCGCAGUGGUGAACCCAACAACGACAACAACCAGGAUUGUUUGAUGAUAACCGAUGUUGCGGGGGCGAAGCAGUGGGACGAUGUUUGGUGUGAUACUUCUUGCUAUGGUUACGUGUGCGCGUAUGAGAUUGUUUAG